UGUUGGGACUUGAGACCAAUAGGGCACUUCUGGAUUUAAAGGUAUUAAGAAUGGGGAAAUUUAAACUAUUCAGGUCUAGACCUGGUUUCCCUCUAGGACAAUGUGUUUCAUUAGGAAAUUUAAAAAACCCAUAAGCAUAAGCCUGUGUUCUUGAGGGUCUAUGUGUGUAAUCCAGCUAGAAACUGACUCUAGAUCCCAUGUGUUAUCCUUUUUGUCCCCAGGACCCCUUUUCCUCUUCGCACACAUCUGUUUAUGGAAGAAAAUGUUUGGGGUUGUGGUUUAGGGACUGAACUAGAUUCUUAUGAUCUGUCACAUGCCUGGAUGUUGAGGGAAGCAUUUGGUGAAGCUCAUAUGACUGGACCUGGAUUGGGGAUUUUAAUAAUUGAGACAGAUAAUGUUCAUCAUCCCACCAUCUGAGAGUUGUAGCAACAAAGAAGUCACAUGUGAAUUUGUCAGUGCUUAUGGCAUUGAUUCAAGUGCUGUCAUAAAUAACCAGGAAUACUGUUUCUGGUUACUUUUAGAACUGGUUUCAUCAGGACUUUUCUGGACGUAUCCUUCCUCAGCAAAACCAUGUUAGUCUGGGAAAGAUAUUCCCCUGCCUGGAAGAAAUGACAGCUUUUAGUCAACAAGUUUAUAAAAUACAAAUGAUUUUGGAGCCUGUGACUUCCCCUACAUACUUUUUUCUAGCCUUUUGUGUUCAUUUCCUCAUCCCUCAUGUGAGGAUCAGACAUAUUGGAAAACUGAGGUUUCAAAGUUGGAGAGAUGAAUAAUAACGGGAAAGGGACUGGAAAGUUGUAAUCCCCCAGUGUAAUAAUAUUUUGUCCACGAAAGAGAAGGUAAGCCGCAACUUGGAUAAUAUGUAUUGAGGUCUUUUUUUUGUCUGCUCUCAAAGGCAGGCAGCCACGUGAAACUAAAUACCUAACUCUCUGCCCUGGCACACAUGCUCCACAUGCGCACACAGAAACGAUGCAAAUCUGCUGCCUCCUUCCCUCCUCCCUAAUCCCCCUCUCUUAGUAUUUCUAUCUCCACUGCCCUCCCCAUCCAAAUUUUCCAGCCAACAGCUACAGUUGACUUCCGCAAUCCUGAUGGAAUAAAUCCAGCACCCCUAGUCAUCCGCCCACAUUAUCCACACUUCUCUGCUGAGACGAGCCCAGAGAACAGAUCCCCAUCAGCAGGAUGUGGGGGCUCAAGGUUCUACUACUGCUGCCUGUGGUGAGCCUUGCUCUGUACCCCGAGGAGAUGCUGAACACCCAGUGGGAGCUAUGGAAGAAGACCUACAGAAAACAGUAUAACAGCAAGGUGGAUGAAAUCUCUCGGCGUUUAAUUUGGGAAAAAAACCUGAAGCAUAUUUCCAUCCAUAAUCUCGAGGCCUCUCUUGGUGUCCAUACAUAUGAACUGGCCAUGAACCAUUUGGGGGAUAUGACCAGUGAAGAAGUGGUUCAGAAGAUGACUGGACUCAAAAUACCCGCCUUUCAUUCCCGCAGUAAUGACACCCUCUAUAUCCCAGACUGGGAAGGCAGCCCAGACUCUAUUGAUUAUCGGAAGAAGGGAUAUGUUACUCCUGUCAAAAACCAGGGUCAGUGUGGUUCCUGUUGGGCUUUUAGCUCUGUGGGUGCCCUGGAGGGCCAACUCAAGAAGAAAACUGGCAAACUCUUAAAUCUGAGUCCACAGAACCUGGUGGACUGUGUGUCUGAGAAUGAUGGCUGUGGAGGGGGCUACAUGACCAAUGCCUUCCAGUAUGUGCAGAAGAACCGGGGCAUUGACUCUGAAGAUGCCUACCCGUAUGUUGGACAGGAUGAAAGUUGUAUGUACAACCCAACAGGCAAGGCAGCUAAGUGCAGAGGGUACAGAGAGAUCCCUGAGGGAAAUGAAAAAGCCCUGAAGAGGGCAGUGGCCCGAGUGGGACCCGUCUCUGUGGCCAUUGAUGCAAGCCUGACCUCCUUCCAGUUUUACAGAAAAGGUGUGUAUUACGAUGAAAACUGCAAUAGUGAUAAUCUGAACCAUGCAGUUUUGGCAGUGGGAUACGGGAUCCAGAAGGGAAACAAGCACUGGAUAAUUAAAAACAGCUGGGGAGAAAACUGGGGGAACAAAGGCUAUAUCCUCAUGGCCCGGAAUAAGAACAACGCUUGUGGCAUUGCCAACCUGGCCAGCUUCCCCAAGAUGUGACUUCAGCCAGGCAACCCCAUCCUGCUCUUCCAUUCCUUCCACAAUGGUGCAACAUACUGAUAUACCUUGGAAGGGAAUUGGUGUGCCUUUCUUGAAGAAGAUGUAAUGAUACAGAGAUUGUUCAGUUUCCAUGUUUGUUUGUGCUUCAAGUGACACUCCUACUACUUUUCUUCUCUCCACCCAAGGUCUUUAUUUUUUCAUUAGAAAUAGGAAAUUUCCCUAACAGGUAUGCAUUCUUAGGCUAAGAGAUGUGACCACAGCCUGCCCUGACUGUGUUGUCCUGGGGCCAAUGCUGUGUAAAUAGAGGCUAGAGAUCUUCAGCUAGGCUAGAUUCUCAUUCACAGGGACUAGUUAGCUUUAACCACUCUAGAGGACUAAGGUGACCUGACUUCUCAGUCUCCAUAUUUACUUCUAUAUCUUCAAGGUAGAAAUUCCACCCCAUUAAUAAAUCUAUUCAUAAAUCUUUGGUACAAGGUUACAUGAUACAACAAAUGUGUUUUGUUUUUCCUUCUUUGCAUUUAUAAAGUAAACUGUAUUUAUCGCUUAUCUCUAAUUUAAUAAAUAGCUAUUUAGUAAAUGUUCCUUUUGUGUCAGAUACCAUGCUAGGUGCUGGAGACAAAAAGAUGAACAAAACAUAUUCCUUAUAUGUGAUGUGCUCACAAUUUGGAGAUUCUGCUGCAUAAACAAUUUGUCCUAAUUCA